CAGGAUUUGUGUCAUGACAAUUUUUGGGCGUAUCUUAUGUAUUUUGAGACCAUUGAAUCAAAUCUAAAAACAGAAUCUUUCUAUCACCCACAGAUAUUCAGUAACAUCUACUUUUAUGAAUUACAAUACGUGACAUCUCACAUUCCUGCGUUUAUGCGAUGA